AUGACAAAAGAUAAAAAUUAUGAUGUUUCCUUAGUUUCUGUGGGAACUAUUGAUUCAGAAUUACACUUCGGACCUUUUCGUAUGAAUGUGGUGAAAGGUAAUAGGGAACAUUUUGAACAGCCAGGGUACAUUUGCACUUGUGUAUCUUUUUAUACUACUGAGCCGAGUAUUUCUAGUUCCAACGCGAUAUCUACAGUUUAUCAACAAAUGUUUCAUACUAAAACCAGAUUUUCAGGUCCUAUGAUAAUGGGCUUUGACAAGCCAGAUAUUUGUAAAAAAUUAUUAGAAGGAGUUUUAUUUCGUCCAUAUUUUGUUAAUCUUGAGCUGGUACGCAUUUUUGUAUUUGGGAUUGCAAGAUCUGAAAAUGAUCAAUGGGGAUAUGCUGGAGUUGGAUUUAAAUCAAGUUUUUUGUUUUAUUUGGCAAAGGAGCGUUGUUUAUUUCUUCAAGAAUUUGAAGAAGAUGUAUGUAAAGUAACAAUAAUAUACAAAAUGGAAGUUGAAAAAAUAUAUUGUGCAAGCACACCUAAUCUUGUAUGGGAAAGAAUUUUUAGCGAACAAGGAACAAAAGUUGCCAAAUUAAAAACAUUUACUGGAAGAAUGCUAUUUGGAAUUGAAAACACUAUAACACAACGAUUUAUUCAGACUCUAAAAAUUCCUUCUUGUUCAUUGAGCGAUUGGAAUAAUGAUGUGCUUAUGGAAGAAGUUUAUUCUUAUCAUCUCAAGCGAUGA